AUGGCACUAACCAUCAUCAUAGAUGGUACAACGAAUGCGAUCGAUAGAUUCGUGGCUCAAAAGUCAAAAGAUUUCCUAAAGCUCGGGAGCAAAGCCACAAAGUCAUAUGAAAAGGAGCAAAAGGUUUUGCAGCAAGUCAUACUUAGCCUGAGCGAUCAGCAGCUUCUUGUUGGCCUAGGGAUGGCCAUCGCUGGAGCGCUACUGCACUGCCAGAUCCCAAUCUACAACUUUUCUUUCGUCGACAACCUCGCGUGGGCUUCAUUCAGCGUACAUAUGACCACGCUACUGGCCAUUGGAGAUUACCUCAAAAGGCACCCUUCACUCAAAAAUUGGCGAGCAUUACUGAUGACUGUUCAAUUUUGCUUCCUAAUUGCAUUUGAGUUCCUUCAAGCUCAUGAUGAUUGGGGAGACUACGGGUGCGUGCCUGCGCAGUGCGCAUUUGAUGACAACCUGAUGUCUAACAUCCAUGGUUCUUCUGCACUUUGGCUUGCCGUUGACUUGGUGCUGUUAUCGACGGGCUACGUGUCUGGUAUGUCGAAUAUCUAUAACGGUCCCAGCAAAAUGUUGCACAAAUGGUUCCACGACUGGCCCGAGAGGGUUUUGAAAGCAAAAUUAAAGGAGAAAAAGGACGGCGGAGCCGACGCUCUAUCAGUACCGACCCUGCUGAGGCCAUAUAUGGAAAAGGUGUUCGGGGCGUUUCAUGGUAUCAAAUACUUUUUCUGGAAGUCGCUGCUCACGCUUUAUCGAUGCAUCUGGACCAUCUACGGGUCUAGUUGCAUCCUAUGGGCGGGGUCUUUAGGCUGGUUCGGGUAUGUCCUAUAUCAAAUAGUCGAUCUUCGCACAAACAGCCCCUCUAGCAUGGACGGUGAUCAGAAUAAGAUGGGGUUUGGCCAGAUUGUCCCUGUGUGUCUUCUAGCCUCAACUUACUUCGCCUACCGAGAGGCAGUGGCAGUUCGAAAUGGCGAGUGCAGAUUGGCUUGA